AUGCAGGCUGUCUGCAAUGGCACUGGUGGGGGAAACUCGUCGCGUUCGAUAGCCAAGAAAAUGAAGAGCAACAGCCACUGCAAUUGGUUCCAAGGGACAUGGGUGUUUGAUGAUUCUUAUCCUCUGUAUGACUCCAUAUCCUGUCCCUUCAUCAGGAAGGUGUUUCACUGCAUCAGAUUCGGUCGCCCCGAUCGCCAGUAUCUCAAGUACAGAUGGCAGCCCCAUGGUUGUGAAUUGCCCAAAUUUGAUGGUAGGGAUUUCUUGAGCAGAAUGAGGGGCAAGAAGAUCAUGUAUAUUGGGGAUUCUUUGAGUCUCAACAACUUUGAAUCUCUUCUUUGCUUGCUACAUGGCACAGUUCCAGGAGUAAAAUACAGAGAAGAGUUCACUGCUCUGAAUGUUACAGUCACAUUUCUGGAGUAUGAAGUUGAAGUCAUCCUAUAUCACUCAGAAUUCCUAGUAGACAUCGAGAAUCGCGUGGCAAAGAUGAAUUCCAUCAAGAGUGGAGAAAUAUGGAAGCAAAUGGAUGUCUUGAUAUUCAAUAGUGGGUUAUGGUGGAUGAGGAAGGGACCAAAACAACCGUGGGAUUUCAUCGAACAGGUCGAUGGCCGAGUGGUGAAAGACAUGAGCCGUUACGGUGCUUAUGAAAUGGCUCUGCAAUCAUGGGCAAAAUGGGUUGAAAGAGAAGUGGAUCAUACCAAAAGCCAAGUUUUCUACCAAUCAGAAGCUGCAGUCCACUACAUUGGAGCAGAAUGGGGGAAGCCAACAGUGACAAACUGUGAGAACGAAACCAUACUUUUGAAUGAAACAUCAAUUUCAACAGCUCCAUCACCAAUCACAAACAUAACAAGGACCAUUGUGAGACAGAUAUCAAAUCAUGUGUAUUUACUGGAUAUAUGGACACUCACAAGAUACAGAAUAGAUGCACACCCAGCAGGCUACAACCCCUUCAAAGGAGAUUGCACACAUUGGUGCCUUGCUGGAGUCCCAGAUACUUGGAACAUAAUUCUCAAUGCUGCUCUUCUUCAACGUUCUUGA